UCCCCUUUAAACACAGGGGAAUUUAAGUAUCAGAUAUGUGUAAAUCUCAUUGCUGGGUUGUUUCAAAAGUAAUAUAGGAUAUAUUCCACUUUUCAUCAUUACUGACUCACCUUGCCCAUGGGAUCUAAGUAAUUAACUACACAUUAUCAUUUCAUGAGGUAUCUGUAAUCCAAAGUGUGCAUCUGGAUAUUUGAUCUCUGAGGAAUAUACUGGUGAGUUUCGGACCUUACAUUGUGGGAAUAUAUACCAUGGGGAGUUGGAUUCUAUGCAUUUUUUUUUCCAUAAUGUGGAAUCUACCUCAACUACCAAUCGGUAUCUCGGAAUUACACAAAUCCGGAAGUAAAAUGCGACUUUUUGAUACUACAUUUUUCACAGAAACGUUUUGACACUAUUUUUUGUUUUUUGACAAGUAUGGAAAUAUGUUUUUGUAAUUUUUGAAACAGUGGAUAUGACCCAGUGUGGAUUUAAACUAAAGCGGGGGAGAGAGUGACCAGCUGCAACAGCUGCUCAGCCUUUCCUGCUCUGCGUGCCUCUGACUGGAGUUACUGUAGACAGUUCCCACAGAGCUUCUACACCAGGAACACAGAGAAAAGUGACCCAAGAAAAUUUGUGGAACUAUUGUUUUGGACUGACGACCAUGAAGAUGGCUGAAGACCCAUGUUUGGAUGUACCCUCCUGGAUGUAUUCAGUUCAUUGCCACUGCCACAUGUUGGAUGUACUGACAGACUCUAGUUUGCAUAGCUGUAGCUGUCCCUCAUGUGGAUUACUAAACUGGACAUAAGUGUAAGGAGUAUGUAGCUGCAUCCAGAAGACCACACUCAAGAAAUAUAAUAUUGAAACACUUGAAGAAAGUCUGCAAGAAAUUAUAUGCUGCUAUUAAUUAAAGGAUUAAUGGAUUUUCUAAUGCCACAGACUGGGAUUUACUAUUCGUAGUUUUUUUCUAUACUACAUCUAAUACUUUUAAGAGACUACAGCAUCCACUGGAAUACUUUUCUACAUUUUUAUUUUUGCAAGCUAAAGCUGAACUGAUCAAGUUGGAUGUAUUUUCUAUCCUGGGUCCACUAUAUUAAGUCCUUGGCUGAAAUAGUAUAUUUUUUAAAAACUUGUGUAUGCCUAGUAACUCUUAUGUUCUAUGUUUUUCUGCAAAUCUUCUGAAAUCCAUCAGUUCUAUGGUUUUUAAUUUUUGUCCUUUUUCCAUCAAGAAUUAAAUAGCCUAAUUGGAUUAUACCUCUACUGUCUGCUGGCCUGAUUUGGAGAUAACGAGCCAUAUGACUCAAGAAAUUUUGUCUAAUUAGAUCAAUUGAAUUUUUUUCCCCUUUGGUUUUUCUUAAGGGCUCUCACAUUUUGACCACCUAGAUUUUAUUUGGAAUAGUUUCAGUAACUUCUUUCUAAAAGCAGCUCAGAAAGCAGAGAUCGCGCUUAUGACCACAGCCCAUAUGGACACCAUGAGCGCAGCAGCACUUUUGAUCGGCAGCGACACUACAAUGCGGACUAUUACCGUGAUCGCUCUAUGUUUGCCGCUGCUGGCUCUGGGAGCAGUGCUAUAAGUGGGACUUUUGAAGCAUCUGACCCGCAUUUUGAGGCUAGACUUAGAGACCCCUUUACUUUGACUUCUGCUUCACGCCGUGAUCUCUACAGAGAUGACCGGGGGCGGCGAAUUGACAGGACAUACCAUCAUCGACGAAGCAGAUCCUCUCAUUCCUCACAGUCAAGACAACCCUCUCCCCAACGGACCACAGGACAAACCCCCAAAUCUUCUCAUUCCCCUAAAAGAGCUCCCCUGUCCCCUGGUAGAGGCCCAAGGUCUCGGUCACAUAGCAGAUCUUCAAGUUCAGAUUCUGUGAGCAGUAGUAGCAGCACAGGGAGUGGCAGCGAAUCAAAUAGCAGCUCAAGUGAUGGGUCACGGGCUCGAUCGGUUCAAUCAUCAGCGACACAUGCUCCUCCUGCAUCUGUGAUUCUUGACACAGACGAGCCACGCAGGAGCUUUGGAAUAAAAGUUCAGAAUCUGCCUGUCCGGUCAACAGACACAAGUUUAAAAGAUGGUCUUUUCCAUGAAUUUAAGAAGCAUGGGAAAGUGACCUCUGUACAGAUCCAUGGCGCAUCUGAGGAUCGCUAUGGCUUGGUUUUCUUCCGACAGCAAGAAGAUCAAGAGAAGGCUCUCAGCGUCUCUAAGGGGAAACUCUUCUUUGGCAUGCUUAUUGAGGUCACUGCUUAUAAUGGACCUGAAACUGAGAGUGAGAAUGAAUUUAGACCUCUAGAUGGACGAAUUGACGAGUUCCAUCCAAAAGCCACAAGGACCCUGUUUAUAGGAAACCUUGAAAAGACCACAAGUUACCAACAGCUUCUUGAUGUUUUUCAACGCUUUGGAGAAAUAGUGGAUAUUGAUAUAAAGAAAGUAAAUGGUGUCCCACAGUAUGCCUUUGUACAAUAUUCUGAUAUUGCAAGUGUUUGCAAGGCCAUUAAGAAAAUGGAUGGGGAAUAUCUUGGAAGUAAUAGAUUAAAGCUUGGUUUUGGCAAAAGUAUGCCUACUACGUGUGUUUGGCUUGAUGGUUUGGCAUCUAACAUAACAGAGCAAUACCUCACAAGGCACUUUUGUCGUUAUGGACAUGUGGUCAAGGUUGUGCUUGACAGAUUAAAGGGUAUGGCACUUAUCUUGUAUAACAACACAGACUUUGCUCAGGCAGCUGUUCGCGAGACCAAGGGCUGGAAACUUGGUGGUAAUAAAAUAAAGGUGGAUUUUGCAAGCCAAGAAAGUCAACUUGCAUUCUAUCGCUCAAUGCAGGCAUCGGGUCAAGACAUUAGGGAGUUCUAUGAUCUACCACUAGAAAGGAGGGAGGAGCGCAGACCUCCGUACCAUGAAUUUACUGAGAGGGCCUAUUAUGAAAACCUACGUACCCCAGGUCUUUAUCCAGAAGAAGCCAGAAGAGAAUAUGCUGCCCGGAGAGAGCGCUUUCCUGAACUUGAACAUUACCAGGGUGACCACUUUGACCCACGGUACCACGAAGAUCCUAGAGAUUAUAGGGACUACAGAGACCCAUUUGAACAAGACAUUCGUAAAUAUACAUACAUUCAGAGAGAGCGGGAACGGGAGCGUGAGCGCUUUGAGGCCGACCGGAGCAGGUGGAGUCCCUCUCACCCACGACGGCCCAUAACUCCGGCAGUAUCGCCUUCACCAUCAGAGCGUGAGCGUGCUCCCAGAGACUCGGAGCGGCGCGUGUUCAGCCAGUCCUCUGAGAGAAGUGGCAGUGUAAGCUCAAUGUCACCACCUCACUUUGACAAAUCUGAUAAAUCCCUUGAGCAUGGUUCCAAAAAUGACAAGACUGAGAAGACGGCCCCAACUGAUCGCCUGUUGAGUAGUGAGAAAACAAAGCGAAUGAAAAGAAAAGAUAAAAUUGACAAAGGGGAAAAGGUUAAAUCAAGAAAAACAAAGGCACAGUCACCAUCUUCUCAAAUACUUGAGGCAGAACCUGAAGCAGGUUUGGAAGGAGGAGCUGGCCGUAGUAAAGGCUCGGAUCAAGACAGCUAUGAAAGGCAGAAGUAUAAAGGGGAUCUGGACAAUCAUGAAGUUGGUAAAAAUGAAACUUCGGAACUGAGUAAAGGUGAAAAUUUGGAAAUGGAUGGAAAAACAAGACUCAAAAAACAAAUUAAGACCGAAUUGGGAAGUGAUGGAAAAGACUCUGUUGACUCUGAGCGCUUAGCUGCAAGAAAGAGACGCUUUGCUGAAUCCAGUGGGAAAGUCAUACGUCAGAAGAAGAGCAAGAUUGAUGAGGAAGAACCAGCUGAGUGUAGUGCUGGUGGAGUGCAUCAAAAAGAGAUGGACACUCACAAAGAUUCACAACGAAGAGAUUCAAGACCCAAAACUGAUAAAGCUCAAAAAGAAGGCCAAGAAGAUCAGAAGGGGCAUAAAGAGAAGGGAGACAUGUCUUCUGAGUUGCAAGACUCAAAAAGACACAGUUUAUCCAGGAGGUUUUCUCAUGAGGGAGGUCCAGACCAGGCAAAUUCAAGAGAGGAACAACAUGUACCCCUGAAGUUUGGUGCCUCAUCUGAUAUUGACAAAAGUGCUAAAAACAAGGAUGACCAUGUUGAUAUUGAUCUUUCUCAGAGUUACCGUAAGCAAAUGGAACAAAACAGAAGGCUACAGCAGCAGCAACGAGAGAGUGACAAACUGGAAAAACCAGAAAGCCCACUUGAAAUUAAGAAUGAAGACAUGGAAGACCGCAGUCUUGUGUAUGAAGUUGGUAAACCACCAGAGGACGUCACAGUCACAGAUAACUUCCCAUCUCACCGAUUUAAAAAGUUAGAUCAGUUUGAUGCUGAAACAGGGGUUAAGCGAGAGCGUGUCUACAGGAGCUUUAGGCAUAAAAGUGAAGACUCUGAGUGGAAUAGUGGUUUGUCUCCUGGACAUUCUCAUCAUAUGGAUAAUGACUUUGUUAGCCCUUCAAGGAAAGAGUUGAGCAGGAUUGAUGACAAAUUGCCAGAAAUAGAACGCCUUAAAAAGACCCUUGACUCACAAGUAAAACCACAUACUCCAAUGCUUGGUGGAGAAGAGGAGCAGCAAAAAAGAUGGGAAAAUAGAGUUAAACAAGUGGACAACUUUCUGCAAGAUCAAAAUUUUUCAAGAGGCAAAGGCUUUCACAAUCGCAAACGUUUGGAAUAUGGUGUUUGGCCAGACCUGGAGCCAGGGGAAGUCAGAUCUGAUUCUGAAGAAGACAGAGAACCAAAGUCACACUCUCCUGUCCCUUCAACAUCCAUGAAUUUUUCAGAAAGGCUGCGCGGGGAAAGGUUUUCAGACCCUAAACUGGCUCAACUUGAAAAGAACAAAUUCUACUCUUUUGCACAUGACCGAACCAUCACUCCUGAUACUAAAGCUCUGCUGGAGCGUGCCAAAUCUUUAUCCAGAGAGGAUAACUGGUCAUUCUUGGAUUAUGAUCCCCACUUGGCGAGUUUUCGUGAUAGAAAAGACACGGUCAAAGUGGAAUCUGCACCCAAACCCAUUAAGCCUGUUUCUUGGUACAGGAGGUACAAGACUAGAAGUGGUUCUGAAGAUAAACUUGAUGACAGAAAAGAGGAGCCAAAACCAGAGGAACCAGAACGCAAGGAACUGUUUGCCUCUCGCUUUUUUCACAGUGCAGUUUUUGAGUUGGACUCAAGACGACUUCAGCACCUGGAACGUAAACAUGAAGAACCUGAGAAUAAUCAAAGUCAACUGGGAGUACAAGAUGGAGUUGAUGGUGAAAUUGAGAGUGGCCCUGUCAUACUUUUCCACAGCCGUUUUUUGGAACUGACAAAACAACAGCAGAAGAAUAAACCUCAAGAGGCAAAAGUAGAACCUUCUGUUGAAGAAAAUAAGGUACAAAAUGCAAUGCGUCAGGACCCACAAGCACCAGUGUCACAAUCACCACAAACAGAAUCUCCCAGAGAGACUGAAGUGAAGCCCAUCAGUCCUGUUGAAGAGAUCGCUUCUGAACCACAGCUUCUACCAGCCCCACCUGCCCCACCCACCCCCCAGCCUGAAGUCAAGACCAUGUCUCCAGCAGAGGUCAAACCUGAGCCAGUGAUACCUACCCCAGAGCCAAGUUCCCCUGUGUUUUUGGUAAAGGAAGAGACUAAGGAGGAAGUUAAAGUAAAUUACCAUGUUGACUUGUUACCCCAAUCAGUAAGUGAAGUACUGCCAAAAUCUGAACCAAUUCCUGAAAUUGAUUUUCCUCAUGAAAAAUCUCAUCCUUCUCCAAUAGAGGUGAAGUUGGAAAUAAAUGAAACCGUAAAAUCUCAGGACAGUGGAGCAAAAUCUCGCCAUUCUUCUCAAGAUGAGGCCAUAGUAGCUACUGAGAUCAAAUCAGAAGUGGUUUCUGAAGUGCCAGAGUCCAAAAUGUCUCAUACAGCAAGUCUAAAAUAUGAAAGUGAAAUGGACACAGAGUCUCUAAGCAAAACUGAAGCAGAGCCUGAAGAGGAGAAACCACAGAUUAGUAAAGGGCAACUACCGAUACAAAAUAAUACACAGGAGGAAUUAGCGUCACCCCAGAAAGAAAAUAAACAAAAAGAAAUAAAAAAAUGUGUCCAGCCCCCUGUUUCAGUCACUCAUUGUCCAGUUGUGUCACCAAUUAAUUCGGAUAAACAGGCGACCCGCAAAAGUGAAAGAAUUGAUCGAGAAAAGACCAAACGUGGCUCAUCGCCAAGAGGCGAAGCAAAGUCCACAGCCAAAUCACCUGUCCAUGGUGCAGAUCCUGAUGGACCAGACCAGGGUUUGUCUGUGGGAAGAAGAAGCAGAAGGAAUGUUAAAUCUGUUUACGCCACACUAGUUGAACUUCAGCCACCAGUUCGUCCUGGGAAAGAAGUACCAGAAUCACCCCGUGCAGGCCGAAAACGUGGUACAGACAAAGAAGUAGUGCCACAAAAUUCAGAACAAGAGCCGCCCCCUGCUCCAGCACCUGCAGUUAAAAGAGGCCGACCACCCAAAAAUCGCAAACAAAGUGAUGAAAAUGCAUCUGUUAAGGCUGAAAAAUCAAAAGCAGAAACAAAAGACACAGACUCUAACGAAUCAGAAAGUGGUGAACGAACUCCAAGAACAUCUAAAGGGCGUCACUCUCCUCAUGGCAGUAAAAGUUCAAGUCACACGUCAACACUCUCUGGAUACGGUUCAGGCAGGAAAGGGGAUAAUGCUGAAUUGGCUGAUGAACAAGAAAUGGACAUUACUGAUGAAGAUGCAGUGCAAGAUUCAUUAACACCAAGUAAAGACGAGCAAACCAAAUAUUACUACAAGAAAGAGGAAAAGGACAGAGAACAUAAGGAAACAGGAAAAACUAAGGAAUCAUCAAAUGAACAAAGUGGGGAUGGCAAAUCAAACAAAGAGGCUGAAUCCACAGAGGAAAAACACAGCACAGACAAAGACCGGUCUGGCAAAGGAAAAAAUAAAUUACCGAAGGUUCCCAAGUCUCCUGUUCUCAAGGAUCUAAAGAUCAGACUGCAUGUUACAGAAGUGAAAGACUUGUUGCAGUUAGGUGAAGAUGAACUUGCGAGUCAAGAGGACUCUUCAAAAAAGGUUAGAGCCACAGAUCCGACUGAAGUUUCAAAGGUUGCAAGUUCUGUUAAAGUUGUCCCUAAAAGUGAAGAGAAAGACAUUAUGAAAACUGAUAAAGAACCCUUGGAAGCAGCAAAAAUACAGGAAUUGGAACAAGCUGUUGAGAACAUUGCCAAACUUACAGAACCAACUUUCCCUGCAGCACCAACACCCACAGAAAAUAAAAGUGAUCCAGAGCCAGAAGAAGAUAAACCUAUCCCAAAUGAGACUGAACUCAUGGCAGCAAUUGAUUCAAUAACAGGAGAAGACACACCAAUGCCACAGCCUCCUCCGGCAAGUGCAGAAGUUGGCUCAGAACCUGAAAUACAAGACAAUGUUCAGUCUGGCAAGGAGGUGCUAGCUGAAACAGAUGCAUCUAACAAGCAAGAGCAGCUUUUCUAUCCAUCCACACCUAAAAAAGGAGCCAAGGGAAGAAAAACCCCUAAACGCCCUAAAGGCCAAAAGCACACAAAGAAAGAUGUAAAGGAAGAAAGUACAAGUGAGGAGUUAUCUUCAACUGCUGAAAGCCCGGCUCCCACCGUUAAGGUAAUUCCUGAGAAGACUCCGCCUGCUGUGGCAGCUGUCAUUACUCCUACAUCAUGGAAUCCAAUGCCAGAGCCCUCAGUGGUCAAAUCCGAUGUCAAAGCUGAAAUCGAGAGGCCUGAAGACCAUGGGGCAUCCCCAAAGUCUGUUUAUCCUCAGCCCAGUAGUCCAGUGUGCCCCAAACCUCAGCAGGUUCAACCAGAGUCUGUUGCAAUGUCUCCAACAUAUGGAGGUCGGACUAAUGUUAGACCACCUCAAGCUCACAGACCACCUUCUUCUUCACCAGAUUGGCUUCCACCCAAAGAUUCUAGUGGCCCCUCUGUACCUUCCAUAUCAAUACCAACAAAAGAUCAAUCACUGCCCCAUAAAGCUGAGAGGUUGGAAAGUGAACAACCUGACCUCAGAACGAUUUUGAUGCAGCAUAAAAAUAUGCCUUUGUUUGGUGGUUUGACUCCUACAGCCCCUCUUGCCCUCAGAGACCAGAACAUCUCUGACAGUCAGCAGCUGUCCACUUUGCCAAAUAAGUCACCACUGCCCGAAAGCAGGUUGGCAGCUCAUCCAGUACCGCCCAUAGUUCGACCACCAGCCUCUUUACCCUCCCCCGAAACAAAGACUGUGAUCUCAGUUAUUGCAUCUACAGCAACAUCUGUCAUUAGUCGUGUGUGCAACACCCCCGAGCAUGAAGAUAAAGUAACAAAUGCUGCUAACCCAUGCAUAGACAUGAGUUUACCCAAACCAACGUAUAGGCCAAGCAAAGAUGACCAUGGACCUUACCACGGCCAGUCAGGAGAUGAUGUGGGCAGUGCACGCUUCAUCAUUGACAGUCCUGCGCCAACUUCAGGGUCCUGUCCUGGUCUGAGAGUGAACACAUCUGAAGGUGUAGUUCUUUUGAGCCACUCAAUGCAGAAAUUGGAGGGACGCCAGCGGAUCAGCGCAAAGAUAAGUCAAAUCCCACAAGCCACUGCGGGAGAUAUGGAAUCUCAACAGCUUGUGUCAAUGCCACAGAUAAAGCAGGACAUGUAUGGCCACCCACAAUCCGGGCUCCAGAAGGGGUCAUCACAAACGGAUCAUGGGCAUCCUGGGAAGUCCCAGCCCAUGAAACAUGAUGUUGGGAGCCUGGACAAGAUUGAGUCGGCCUAUCAGCCCGGACCUCAAGGUGUCGUGAAGCGUCUCCCAGUUGGGAAUCAGCCAGUUAUGGGUUACCACCAAGAUUUCUUGUCAAUGAAACAUCCAAAGAAAAUGGACACUGCUGACCCUCACAGUUCAGAUGCUCUGAAACCUUCUUGGACAGCUGCCAUUAGUCCUGCCAUAAGCCCUCACCUGCCGUCUCCCCCUGGAAACCAUGUCAGCUUUGUUACUGGCUCAGACAGAGCUCCACCACACCUUCAAGGGGUAAAACAGGAACCACGGUCGCCACGGAAAUCUGGUCAUCCACAGUCUCCAUUUGCUAAAGGCUCUUCUUCACCUAAAGGCAUACCAGUCAUGUUGCCAACCAACCUUCCCUCUAUGCAGCCAUUUAUGGCGGGAGUCCAUCACCCAGAGCAGUCUGUUAUCAUGCCCACUCACUCGGGUGCUUUGGGGCGCAUGUCUCCUCAUAGAGUCAACCAGUCGAUUCCAGUUGGCCAUCUUGUGCAGGGUGAAGUCCAUGUCAACACUCCACCCCUCUCUGUCAUGAAUUUUGGGAUGCAUGGGGACCCUCUUGCCUCACCUUGGUCUGCAGCAAUGCAGCCACGGCCAACCUCACCACAGACUGUUAACAGAGACAAGGUUUUAAAGGUGAACUCUGGUGCUUUGAGGAGUCAUGAAGCAGAUCAGGAAGAAGCCAGGCGCUUUCACCAGGUGGCACCUCGGCAGCCAGGCCCUCCACUAAAGCCUGACUCCAUGCAGCCAGACCCUCGAAUGCCCAUGCGCAGUGCUAGGGAGCAGUACAUGGGACAAAGAGACAUGCGUAUCCUUAUGCACCAGCAGGGAGACCGGCCUGCAGCUGAUGCCCACACUGCCCUCCUUCAAGAGCCCAUUCCUCCAUCUUCUACACCCACCAGUUUACCACUGUCCAUUUCUCCAAGGCAACCACAUCUUUUAUCAAAAGGCAUCUCUGAAAAAGAGCUCACUAAACAACUUGAAGCAAAGAGACCAAACUCUCCUCUUCUUAAAGAUGGCAUGAUGGCUAUCAGACAGUCGGGACCAGCCAUAGGAUCUCCACAGAGAGUGCCAAUGAUGCCCCCGGGGCCGAGCGGCAGCUUCCAGGAGUACCCAGGCCUGUACAGCCGAGGAAUGCACCCGCCAAUGCCAGAGCCAGUGCCCCCAGUGGGUUUGCCGCAGCCACACGCCCCCCCAACUAUGAUGGGCACUGAACUCCAGCCAAAACCAGAGAGUAAGAUUUCCCAGCCCAUGGUGCAAUUGCUCAAUAAAUAUCCAAUUGUGUGGCAAGGCCUCCUGGCUCUGAAGAAUGACACUGCUGCGGUCCAGCUGCAUUUUGUGUGUGGUAACAAUGUUUUGGCCCGUCGUUCUCUGCCUUUACAAGAAGGGGGUGCUCUGCUCAGGAUUGCCCAAAGAAUGAGACUUGAGGCGCCGCAAUUAGAGAGUGUAGCAAGAAGGAUGACAGGGGAUAGUGAUUUCUGUCUUCUUCUGGCUCUACCGUGCGGGCGAGAUCAAGAGGAUGUCCUAAAUCAGACCCAAGCCCUGAAGUCUGCUUUCAUCAAUUACUUGCAGUCAAAACUGGCUGCUGGGAUUAUUAAUAUUCCUAACCCAGGCUCCAAUCAGCCCGCCUAUGUCCUACAGAUUUUCCCUCCAUGUGAGUUUUCAGAAAGCCACCUGUCGCAGCUAGCACCCGAUCUUCUGAAUCGGAUCUCCACCAUUUCACCACACCUCAUGAUUGUGAUCACCUCUGCGUAACCCUCCUUUUCUGGGAACUGUCUCGGGAUUGGGCAUUCUCACCAUGAGCCUCAGGACACCAGAGGAAAACCACAUUAUUUUUGUUUUGAUACAAUGGGAUUUGUCAUAGGACGUUUUCUACCAACGACCUGCCUUUUCUUCGUCAGUCCUUCUCGUGUCACUCCUGUCUGGUAUUUUUGUCCUUCUCAAUGAACUCAGGGAUGGACCGAACCAGAAUCAGUCUUAUUUGACCAUUACUCUGCUGUAUGUCUAUUUAUUGAGUUUAAUUUUAAUGUUUGGAAAUACUCUGAAGAAAAAUUCAGGAUGACAGAAGACUUCUGGGUGGCCUUUUCUUUGUUCCGUUUUAUGAUUGUCAAAUUUUUUUUUCUUCAUAAUGGAGGAUCAGAUAAGCUGUUAUUGUGUUGGAAAAGACAUUUCAAUACAUGAUUUUUAAAUAAUUAUGUACAUAUGCAUCACCUAGACUUUAAUUUUUCCCCGGACCACAUCAACAGCUCUUUUUCUUCUUCCACCAGCUCAACACAUCAUGUCUCACUACUGACACCUGCCUUUCAUUCAACACGUUACCGUCACAUUUGGGAGUUUUUGAAUACAGGACAUGUAAAUAUUUUAAAUAUUUAAACUUUGGCAGUGGACAGUUUAACCAACUUGAACUCUGGGGUAAACCAGAAAGUGUGAAAUGUAGAUGGAUAUUGAUUUUUGGGUGUAAAUAUUGUAACACAAGAAGGUUGGCACACUCUUGAGGAGUCUGCUGAUGGCACUUCAUAUUUUGUAACUGAAAUAAAACAAAAUUCAGAAACUUGUA